AUGUUUACUAUAUGGUUUCUCAUCUGGUUAUGUUUUGAUUUAAGCUAUGCUCAACAGUUUUAUGACCAGACACCAUGUUCUUCAGAUGAUGCUAACUAUCCAGACACUAAUCAUCCCGGGACACGAUACACCUGCAACUCCUUCCAGCCUUCAUGCCGGACAUUCAUGGUCUACAGAGCUUGCCAAAGGUUUCAGACUAUUUCAAAUAUCUCCAAUUUGUUCAGCAUUGACACUGAUGAGUUACUUUCCUUGAACAAUCUCUCGUCGGCUCUGCAGACUCUGCAGCUUGGUAGAGAAGUACUUGUUCCCAUCAAUUGUUCGUGCCCGGGUCAGUAUUACCAGGCAAAUUUCAGCUACAUAGCACAUGACAGCACACCACUCUCGGAGAUUGCUUGUGGGGUUUUCGAAGGUUUGUUGAAAUCUAUUACGCUUGUUGAGGAAAAUCCGGUUAAAGAACACAAUCCCAAGGUUGGUUAUGUCCUUCAUGUGCCUUUGAGAUGUGCUUGUCCUGAUAAUUUCACUAGUAGUAAUGGGGUGAAGUACCUUGUGACAUACCCUUUUAUUGAAGGAGAUGAUCCUACCAAAUUGAGCAAGAAAUUUGGUAUUCCUCAACAUGAUAUUGAGCAAGCUAACCUUUUAGCACCUAGUGCCACUGUUUAUCCAAACACAACUGUUUUAGUUCCUUUGAAAGCGAAGCCGGUCAUUCAUUUUGAUCUUCCAGCUGAUUCUCCACCUCCAACCCCAGGCUUUCUUCCCACAAUUCCGGUAAGACAAACAGCAAAACAAUCAAAACGAAAGAAAUUAUACAUUGCAGGAUCGGUUGUUGGAUUCUGUCUAAUACUAGUGGCAUUGCUUGCAAGUGGAUUAUAUGUCACGGUCUUAAAGAGAUGGAAGGCCGAGCUCUUUCAGUUUUCAGCUCGUAGAAGCUCUAUAACCUCAUGUUCAACCCCUAGAAGCUCCCAGUUAUCUCGUGCCACGACUAGAAGCUCCCCAGUUUCAUGCUUGUCUCCGGAUCUUCUUGUUGGAAUAAAGUACUCUUUGUCCAAUUUCAGCACAGAGGAUCUCAGGAGGGCAACAAAGGAUUUCAGUGAAGAUACUAAGAUUAGUGCUUAUGUCUACAUGGGGAUGAUUGAAAAUGUUCAAGUGAUGAUCAAACGGAUGAGAUUUGAAGACACUCGCCACCUCAUUGAUGUGCAUUCGAAGAUCAAUCAUGUCAAUGUUAUGAAGUUAAUUGGCGUUUGUUAUGGUGAGAGUGACUUCUCUUGGUCUUAUGUUGUGUUUGAAUUCCCUGCUAGUGGCUGCUUAAGGGACUGUCUGUCUAACCCAUCUAGUCCUCUUGUUUGGCAUCGUCGGACUCAAAUUGCUAUUGACAUAGCAAGGGCCCUUCACUAUUUACACUAUUGUAUGGUUCCUCCCUAUACUCAUACGAGCGUGAAUAGCAGAAAUAUAUUUGUGACACCAAAUGGGAGGGCAAAAUUAACAGUUUUCGGAACCACCCCUGCUGCUGGAUCAUCCAAAGAAAGUGGCAGCACAUCAAGUGUUGGAGGGUGGGUUGCACCAGAGCAUCUCCUUAACGGCUUGGCUUCUGAAAAGGUAGAUAUUUUUGCAUUUGGAAUUGUUUUGCUUGAACUGAUCUCCGGAAGAGAUGAUAUAGAUGGGAAGUUAUCAAAAGAAUCGAUUGAUUUUCUGGGAGGAGGAGUUAGUGAAGGAGGUUGUUUCGAGCAGUUGAGGAAUUUCAUGGAUCCAUGUUUGAAGGAGGAUUAUCCUCUCGCGGAGGCCUUAUGUCUAGCUGUUUUAGCUAGAGCCUGUGUGGAGGAUGAUCCCAUGCACAGACCAUCUAUGGAUGAUAUCAUGAAAGUCCUUGCCAGAAUGGUAUGA